GCUGUUCUGACUGCCUAUCAAAGUACGCUGUCGUGCGAGUUGAGUAGACGUUCACUGUAUGCAGCUGAAGCUCACUGGUCUCAUAUUCACCAGACCUUAACAGCAGCAGGAAAAUCCUCGCGUAGUGUGUCUAAUCGCCAACAUGGACAUUGUUUCUCUUUGCGGUCUUUGGAACUUUUCGAUGCUCGCCGGCAUAUUCCAGCUGGAAGCGAACACAAUGUAACUCGCAAAGAGUUCCGCGCAAACUCCGUGCUAGCUUGUAAAGAGACCGCGAAUCCUGAAGGUCUCAUCGUGCAUCAGAGAUGGAAAUGGCCGCUGCUCUUGGUAACCAUCGUAAGUUAUUCCGGUUGAUACGGGAAUCAGGCAGCAGGAUACCUGGUGUUAGUGAAACAAUUUGUGACGAGAGUGGACAGCAUAUCCACAACUUGUCAAAACGCUUGGAGCGUUGGGCUGAGCACUUUGAAAGGCAAUUUAACCGGUCGGAAUUAUUAGAUUUCUUGCCGGCCACUGAUCGCCCCACUCCGUGGGUUGUUCCUUUGAAUCCACCCUUUUGCUCGGAAGUCGAACGUGAGAUCGAACCGUUGAAGUUAAACCAAGCCGCGGGACCAGAUGAUCAUCCUUCAGCCCUCUUCAAAUUCGGGGGACCUGCUCUUGUGGAUAAUUUACACGAGUUACUAGUCAAACUGUGGGAGCAGGGAACUGUCCCAACCGACUGGAGCCGCUCCGUCAUAGUUCCAUUUUUCAAGGGAGGCUCACGAUCUGAAUGCGGCAACCAUAGAGGAAUCAGUCUGAUCUCCAUCGCCUCCAAAUUGCUUGCCUCUGUCAUCCUUCACUGACUGACUGGCACUCCUGAAGGCCAGAUUCGUGAAGAGCAAGCCGGGUUUCGUCGAGGUCGUGGCUGCAUUGACCCCAUCUUCACUUUGCGUCAGUUAUUGGAGCACCGUCACAUAUAUUGGCAGCCCACCGUUGUCUUGUUCCUCCAUAUGAAAGGUUCAUUCGAUUCGGUGGAUAGACUUGC